AAGCCAGUAUGGCGGAGGGGGAAAGUGAUUUGGAAACAGACAGACUAGAAUUGAAACUGGAGACUUUGUUCAUAUACUCUAACGACAACUGUUCAGUACAAAGCAAAGAAUAUUGCUCGGAGUUUUGUAAGCUGGUGGAGGAGCAUACAGAGAGAUGGCAGGUGCCGUUGCCCCAGCUGAAGGUGCUGCGGACAGCUCUUACCUGCUUCACCAGAGCCACUGCUGCCUACCCCGAUGACUGUCAGCAUGUCAGCAACGCUCUCAGCAGUCUGGCCUUGAGCUUCUUUGAGCUGAUGCUGUUCUUCAGUAAAGAGGAGUUCCAGGAGGCCCCCUUGAAGGACAUUCUAGCCUCUUUUCAGGCCUGCCACCGCCGCCUGCUGAGACACAGGAACGUCUACCUGCUACAGGUGAGGCAGGUGAUCAAAGAUGGCGGCCCCUGGGAGAGACCUACUCUGCAGGCCAUCCUGAAAGACACAGUCCUCACACAAACAGAAGUGGAGAAGUAUUUGAGCUCGGAGAAGCCAGUGUUCUUUGAGCUGCGUGUGCGCUACCUGCAGGUCUGUGAACGCGUGCAGGAGGCCAUGGCCCUGGCUAAGAGUUGUCUGGAGCACCCAGAGGUGGGGAGGCACCUGUUCUUCCACCAGGCCUACCUCACCUGCCUGUACAAGGCCUCGCUGCAUGAACACCUGCUCAAGGAGAUGGCUGAGAUAGAUGGCAGAGAAGCAGUAGAGAUCAUCUGUAAUGCAGAGAGCCAGGAGAAAGAUGAGCUGCUGCUGUCUCUUUGCAAGGCCUUCCUCAGUCAACAGCUAAACAACGGAGACAUGUACUACAUCUGGGAUCUGGUGUUCCUGUGGAGCAGACUGCACCUCAGGGCCCAUCCCUCUAAGCAGGGCUUCCUGUCUGAGUGUCGCCAGCUGAUGCUCUCCGCCAUCAACGCCAGAGCCAUCUUCCCCUUCAUCAAAGUCAUCACAGCAGAGAUGGGUAGUGAGGGAGUGCCGCUAUGUGUGGAGAUGUGUACUGCAGCGUUGCAGACAGACCUCCAGUCUGACCCUGUGACGCGCUGCCUGCUGUGUAAGACCAUCGCCUUCCUGUUCCCCCGCGACCUGGAGGUGUGCCGCCUCUGUGCCCUGCUGGUGUUCUGUCUGGAGCGCAGUGUGGAGGCCUUCAAGACCGUUUAUCUGCUCUACAUACACCCAGACGAGGAGCCACACCCCCUCCACACCCCUGUCAAAACCAACAUCCGCUUCUAUAUCUUACAGGUGCUGAAGGAGGGGCUGUUCUUCGACCCAGAGUUCUGGAACCUCCUGACACUGAGAACCCACUGUCUGGAGCUUAUGACUGACAAGGCCAUGAGGGAGGCUCUCAACGAGGUGAAGGAGGAAGAGGAGUUGGAGCAGGUGGAGGAGGAGUGGAUACCAAGCUACUGGAUGGAGGAGGAGACAUGCAGGAUACACACAGACACCUCACACCUCCAUUCACACACUGACACAGCACCGGAGAACUCUGAGACUGCAGGUCAGGAGCAUGAGGAGGGAGAGUAUGGGGAUGCUCCUGAGUCACAGACAGAAGACUUCCCUGUGAUGAGGAGGUGGAGGAGGAGAAGGUGUAGGUCUGAUGUUGACAGUGCUGACGACCCAGACAUGAAGUACUCCCUCAGACACAAUCACAGUUCUGAAAGCUCCACCAAGCUACCGGCCAAUCGGCAGAGGGAAUACCUGGCCAGACACGUGAAGAACAAGAUCCUGAAGAGACGCGGCAGGAAACCAAGAUGGCUGCUCCUGGAGAUGACCAGACAGACAGAGAAUGUGUCCCCGGGGAGAACAAGGUCGAGAGGGAAGGGAAUGAGAGAGAGGGGAGAGGGUAAAAGAGAGAAAUGGGAAAGAGGAGAUGGUAAGAGCGAGAGAUGGGAGAGGGGGAAGGGGAAAAGAAAGCGAGGCGAAGGGGACGAGUGUAAGAAGGAGAGGAGGCAUGAAAAGUUGGAUAAGAGAGAGAGGAGGCAGGGCAGGGAAGGUAAGAGACCUUACCGCAGAACUAUACGUGGCAUGGAGCUGUCCUUCCCUGAAAAUGAAGUGCUUGUGGAACAGGAGGUGGUAGAGAAUCAUGUAGAACCCAGUGUUGGUCUUAAACAGCAGCACGGUGACGCAGAGAACUAUGUCAACAUGGGACUGCCUAAUGGCCUACAUGGUGAGAGACCGUUUGAGUAUGAACCAGAGACAGAAAUAGAGCUUUCAGAAGUAGAUCCUUCAGUGGUAGCGCCUUCAGACAUAAAUCCUUUAGACUUGAAACCUUCAGUAGUAGAGCCUUCUGUUGCUGAGCCUUCUGUUGCUGAGCCUUCUGUUGCUGAGCCUUCUGUUGCUGAGCCUUCAGAAGGGAAGGUCUUCGAAGGUCCCAGUGAGCAGACCGACCCAGAGCUGGACGGCCCAGCCUUGGAGAUGGAGGAGUGUCCACUAACACUGUUCCACAUCUACGCCAAAUCCUCUAAAGGGACAGAUGCUAAGGAAUUACAACAUUUGACGGAAGGUAGUGAUGUCACAGCGUCAGAGGUGGGACCGGACUCAAACACUCAGGGUGAAGACACAAAGCCAGGCAAGGCUCCAGUCCGUUCCAAACACCUGUGCUUCCACUGCAGCCACUGCCAGAAGCUCUACAAGGGAGGCAACGUGGUGAGACACACCCUGGCCCACCUGAAGCUGAGGAAGACUAGGCUCAGCUGUGUCUUCUGUGGCAAACACUUCCAACGGUAUAACCGUGCCAAGGAACACAUUCUAGAGCACAUAGAGGAACUGAGAACCACCACGCUCAAUAGUAAGAUCAAACCUGCUGUCAAUGGAGAUGCAGAACCGUCGGAGAACGUUAAUCAAGCUUCGGAGAACGAGACUAAACCCGGUGAGAAUGUGACAGAGCCCCCUCCUCCGACGGAUCAGCCUCCUAAUCCCAAACGUGUUAAACCCAAGCCGGUGGUCAGCAAGCAGAGUAGAAUCAUCCAGAACCUGAGAAACCUGAUCAGAAAGACCCAGAAGUGGAAAACUGACACGGACAACCAGGUGUCAGUGGAAGUGAAGGAUGAACAGGUGACUGUGAAGGAUAAAGUGGUGAUUGUGAAAGAAGUGGUGCCUGGGGAGGAGACGGAGGGAGGAGAAAAGAAAGCGUGUGAAGGAGGAGAGCAGGAGGGGAAGCAGAAGCAGUACCACCUGUGUCCUGCGGAAGGCUGUGACAGCAUCUUUAUGAAGAUCGGCCCAUCCCUGCUGAGACAUGCUGUCAACUACCACAUGGAGGACGCAGCCGUCCUGGAGAAGACCUUUCAGUGGGGGAAGGGGAAGUGUCAGAUCUGCCAGAGGCACCUGUUGGUGUUCGAGCACUACAGAGACCACAUGAAGCUCCACGAUGCUCCUCUGAAACAGGUGUGUCUCCACAUGAACUGUGGCCAGUGCUUCAAGACCGCCCAGGAGCUCAAAGACCACAUGGACACCCACCGACCACUCCAAGCCCCCUGUGGGUACUCCGGCUGUAGUAAGAGCUUCUUUAACCUCCCCUCUCUCCACGACCACGAGUGGAGACACUACACCCAGCCCCAGUCUAAAGAUGAGGUGGAGCAGGGCGUUACCAAAGAGCUGAGUCCUACCAAAGAGCUGAGCCCUGAGGGUGAGGCCUCCUGGAAACAGAGGGUGAAGUGCCAGGAUGUGACAGUGCACGGGUGGAGGGAAACGCCUUCUCCCAAAUCCAGGCGCUCUGAUCCUCAUGAGAAGUGCAUUUACUGUAACAGGUACCUGUGGAACUACCAGCACUUCCUAGACCACAUGAAGAUCCAUGAUGAUCCUCUAAAACAGGUGUGUCUCCAUCAGAACUGUGGCCAGCGCUUUUCCAUGACCCACCUGCUCUGGGAGCACAUGGAGACCCACCAGCCUCUCCAGGCCCUCUGUGGGUACGCCGGCUGUAGGCUGAUCUUCUCUCGCCUCCCCUCUCUCCAUGACCACGAGUCGAGGCACUACAUUCAGUCCCAGGGCCAGCCUAAAGAUGAGCCGACGGAGGAGCAGAGCGCUACGAAAGAGGAGGGGCAGACUCUGGAGUCAGACACCAACAAUGACGGCCCUGUGGAGACUCCAGUCACUAGUGCUGUCACCACACCUCCCAGUGACCCCACACAGAAACUCAUCAAUGGUCAUGAUGGAGAGGACAAGAAAGACCAAGCCCCUGAGACAGACGUCCCUGCCACCACUACCACCUCCCCUACACCCACAUCCCAAACCACCACACCCACACACCCCCAUCCCAGUCUCUUCCAAAACCUCACUGAGCCAAUGACCAUGAGGGACGUGGACAAUAUCGUCACUUUGGCUCAGGUGAUGCCUUGCGGAGAGGAACCAGUCAUCGCGGAACACAAGACCUUCAAACCAGAGGAUCCUUCCUACUUACCCCUGGCCAAAGCUCCCCUCAUCCGCCCGCCCCCCUCGACAUACCUGACCGAGGCAGCCCUCAGCAUGCGCAAGCGCAGGAAACCCAGCGAGGUCACUUCCAGCGGGGCUGGCAAGAAGAGUAAGGCUACAGUAAAGAUGCGUGUGGUGGGAAAGAAGAAUGCAGUGCAGAAGGAGGUGGCGGCUGAGAAGGAGGUAGAGGAGGAGGCCCCACCUCAAAGUCGGCGCUGCUCCAAGUGUUUCUCCUCAUUCACUAGCCCAGAGGAACUGAAGAGACACCUCUCCCAAAACACCUGCUCCUCCCUCUUCAGCUUCGACUCUGAUGAUGACAGUUAGUGGUAAAGAGGAAUGGGAGUGAAAUGUUCAGCCAGGCUGGUGGAAAAUAAUGUUUUGUUGGGGUUGGAGCACUACAGAGACCACAUGAAGCUCCAGGAUGCUCCUCUCAGACAAGUGUGUCUCCACCUGUGUUCUAUCUGUACUGUCUGAACUGGGCCUGAGACAGGCACUGUUAGCACCCAGUCAGCUCUAAGAGCUGUAGGGCCAGUCUCAUGGUAUACUAUAAUACUGGCAGCCUGAAGUCCGCCGGUCACUAAAGAUACAAUACACAACUCCGGAAUAAGUGUUACUACUGCAAUAGACUGUAUAUAGGUCUAGACCGAACAGUACUGCAUUUCAGUCAUUGCCACGACUUUGUUUCAAUAAGUCUUAUUUGCUUUAAAAUCACAGUAUGAAGAAUCACACUGUAGGUUACUAAUACAGUGUUUCAAAAGUACUUAUGUUCUGUUUGGCAUACAUUUUUGUUCAGUAUUUUAACAGAAUUGUUCUAAAAACAAAAAAGAGCAAUGUUUUCACAAUGUAUUAGAAAUUGUUCAUCUAUGCAUUUGAUGACAAUAAAUAUUUUGUAAAAGAGCAUCAAAAUGAAUUUGAGAAUAAAAAUCACUGAAGGACCCAUAAUGUGAUGAACGAUGUGCACUUAUCUGCAUUGGUCGUUUAUUUAUAUGUACGAAUGUUGAUAUAUGUAUUAAGUUUGUACUUAAAAUGUAAAUAUCCUUCUCAAUUCAACUCUAUUUUUCUUAAAGAAAAAUGUAUGACUUGUUUUCAUUAAACAAUUUACAGU